AUGUUUAUUUCCUUGCUGCUAUUGGGUGUAGUUGUAGGAGCUGCCUAUGCUUACCGUGAGAUUGUUGUGAAGGGGAAACAGUUCACUGGCAAAGCAAAGCUGCAUGGAAAGACUGUGAUUGUUACAGGUAGCAACACCGGAAUUGGAAAAACUACAGCAAUAGACUUGGCUAAAAGAGGAGCCAGGGUUAUUCUGGCUUGUCGUAGCAAGCAGAGGGGAGAAGCUGCUCUUGCUGAUGUCAAAAGGGAGAGUGGCAGCAAUCAGGUUGUGUUCAUGCAAUUGGAUUUGGGAAAUCUUAAAUCAGUCCGCAGCUUUGCUGAAACCUUCCUGAGAAGUGAGCCCAGACUGGACAUUCUUAUCAAUAAUGCAGGAGUUUAUAUGCAGGGUCGAACAGAGGAUGGUCUCGGCUUGAUGUUUGGUGUCAAUCACAUUGGACACUUCCUCUUAACCAACCUUUUGCUGGACCGCCUGAAAGAGUGCGAACCAAGUAGAGUGGUUACUGUGUCAUCCAUGGCACAUAAUUUUGGAAACAUCAACUUUGACUGCCUAAGCAAGCACAACGCACUGGGACUGGGGUCUUCGUUCUCGGAAACUCUUCAGAUCUACUCUGACAGUAAGCUGUGCAACGUCCUCUUCAACCACGAGUUGGCCAAGAGACUGCAAGGAACCAAAGUCACCUGCUACUGCCUCCAUCCAGGAGCUAUCAAUUCUGAGUUGGCCAGGAAUGCUAGCUCAUUGGUGCACUUCUUCUUGAAGCCCAUCACUACCUUCUUCUUCAAAAACACCGUCCAGGGAUGCCAGACCACACUGCACUGCGCUCUGCAGGAGGGAAUUGAACCUCUCAGUGGACGUUACUUCUCCAACUGUACUGUGCGAAACCUCUAUUCUAAAGCCAAGGAUGAUGCUGCAGCAAAGAAGCUGUGGGAAGUCAGUGAGAGGAUGUGUGGUCUCGCAUAA